AUGGUUAUGAGGACUAUUAUGAAGAAUGAGAGGAUGCAUGACCACCUAUCCAGAAAUGAUCAUAUCACCUGGCAGUUUAACCUCAGUGGAUCCUCUUGCUCGGUUGGUCAGUUUGAGAGGCUAGUGGGGCUGGUAAAACAGGCCUUAUCCCUUUAAGUUCCAAUAGUGACUAACGUCAAUUUUCUCCUAACGAUAUCCAUACAAUGUCAAGAGAUUAGGUUAUGAGAAUUAAUAAAAUGAUCACCUAAGGGAAAAUGCCUUGAUCUUUUACCAAAUUCUCUCAACUCAAUCGUGAAGGAGAUUUAUGGAGAUCAGUCUGGAGAAUUUGUAUGUGGAUAUUGGGGCUUAAAGGGUUAUACAAGUUGAUUGGAGGAGCUAAUCUUACCAGGUCAGGACUCGAAGAAGUUAUUCUUGAGAGAGGUACCAAUUUUGUGGGUGGUGAAAGAGAACUGAGAGAAAGUUUAGAAAAGUGGAAACGGCAUCAGAUUGAGCACAAACAGCUUCAGGGAGGGUACAAAUGGGGUUUUUAGCCACCUACUGCCUCGAGCAAUAUAGUUCUGAAGUCUAUCAUUGGGACCCAAAUGGUAACCGAGGCAUUUUUCACAUGUUGCUAAUGGAAGUGGAACAAGUGUUAAAUGGGUGUGCUCUUACUGCUAAUUCAGAUGACCCACAUGACCUUGAGGCAAUCACGUACCCUUCUCACUUUGCAAUGCACAGGAACACUAUUGCUUACCCCCCCCCCAGGUUCCUUUGGAAGGACAGAUCAGUUCUAUCAAAGAAGGUGGAAGCAGGGGCAAUUUCUGGCGUAUCUGUUUUGGAAGAGGUGGUUGCGACAGUAUCUUCCAUCAUUUCAAGUUAGAGAGAAAGGGCGCAGAGCUCUACUUAAUUUAAAACCGAAUGCUCCAGUACUUCUUGUUGACGAACCGGAACCUUAGUCGCAUUGGUCAAAAGUUGCUUCUUCUGGAGAAUGAUUAUGAGGACCUCUGAGUGCAGCAUGACGCCAUAGGCAUCCCAAGGAGGGCGAAAUGUUUGGGAACAAACGUUGUUUUUGUAAACACAUCUCAGGAUUUCGAUCACUUUUCAUUUCAGACUUUCUUUUGUUUCCCCGCCAAUUUUUGUGUGUUAUUUCUUUGGACUUGAAUAUAGUGGCUGGUGCCCUUUACAUCUAGUGGAAACGCUUGGCGGCAGAUUUUCGUAUUACUUUGCUGCACAGAAGUUUUCAUUGUAUUGUCUUGUCACACCACAAAGGCUGUUUAAUACGAAAGUGAAAUAAAUUGUUCAAAGUUAAUGUUAAGAUGUGUUGAAUUAACUGUGCCACUCCAACAUUGAGAAAAAGACGAAGUCCCAAAGCAUUCACGGGUGUUGGUUUACCACUAUGUGUGAUUUCAGAUAUAUAUUUGAGAUAAAUUUCGGUUUUGUGAAAAUUAAUACCAUGACUGCAAACUAAAUAUAAAAUCAUGUUACGCUAAGUACUCAACAAUUCUAAUUAGCAAAAAAACAACUUGGCACUUGUAGCACAAUUUUUUUGUACAUUUCUUUGCUAUUGUUUUGCAUGACUACAACAUGAAAUGCCCAGAAACUUCCUGGUUACAUUGUUUUGUGGAGGAAAUGUUGUACAUGUUCUUUUUCACUUUUUUCUCACUGCAUGCCGCUCAUUUUUUCCUGGCUGGCCGCUAGCAUUUGUCAUUUUCUCCCCGCCGCUACAAAUUAAUGUUUGUUCAUCCAACAAAAAAUGGCUCCUUAUCUCUUGCUCUAGUUCUCUGUCGCUCCCCGUACGAUACAGAAGACGUUAAAACAGCGCUGCUUUAGCGACUUAUUAGCGCUGCAACGAGCGCUGCAGAAAGGUUGCACGAACGCUGUUUUCCGUUCGCUGCAGCAGUGCAUUUUUGUGACUGCGUGAACGCUGCGGUAGCGACACUGAGAGCUGCAGGAGCGCUGCCGUCCACACGAUAAACAGCUUUUAUAUUUAAUCAUGAGACAUAAAGGAGUUGACAAGAGGCCUUAUAGUAGCGGAGUAAAAACCACAAGAAAUACAAAAUGCAACUGAUACUUUAUUAGUAUUCAACAAAAGUUGACAUAUAAAAAUCUUCUUUUGUAAAUAUUCAGCAAUCACGGUCACUCAUCUAAAUGUAAGAACAUCCAUUAACAUGCCGACAUUGAAGUUUAUCUUUUUUAAAAUAAAGAGAAGAAGAGCUAGAUGCUAAACACUUACAAUGUAUGAAUGUUUGCGCCUUUCAUUCAACGGCAUUGUUUGUCCAUUUGUGAUCUGAUGCAAAAGUGCCCCAAUUAGAUUACAGCCUAGAAUGUCUCCAGGAAUUAGCGAAUUAAAUGUUUGUUCUUCCCCUGCGUACAAAAAUGGCUCCUUAUCUCUUGCUCUAGUUCUCCGUCGCUCUUUUUCUCAUUGAUCUUUGCUUGGCUGUCGCCUAUUUUCUCUUUUUCUCUGUCUUUCUCUUUCUCUAGUAUAUUCCAAUUCGUGGAUAUGACAAUAUUAAUCUAUGCUUAAUACUUUAGACAGCAAGGAUACAGAAACAAUUUCCACUUUCCUUUUUUGCUUUAUUGACUCUUUGGUUGUCUCUGCUUCACAAGAUGGGGGUGGCUAGGCAAUUUUCUGCCCAAAUAACCUCAUGUUGCAUUUGGGUGCCAAACCUGUUGAUUGAGUUAGUUUUCAUUGGUAUACAAUCAUGUACCUGUUGUGUGGACAAAUGGAUGGGCGUACAGUCAUGUUUUAUCAAAAUUUCUCGGAUGGCUAAAGUACCACAUUUUCUUAGGUAAGGGGCUACGCUUGCGCGCACUUCGUGCACAUGGACCUCCGCUAUAAUAAUUGCAUGGAGAUAAGUAUUGACGAGAUGGAAGUACAGAGUUAUGACAUCUGCGCCCAUUUUUGGUACCCUAUUGUACACUUUCAGUAAUACCAAUGUAACAUCUAUUAUUUUCUCUGUUAGUGUUUCCCCCAAAGGCAUCGUUCCAUCCAUAGAAAUACACAUUACAAUGUAGCUAAUCACAGUGACAUUUUGAAUCUUUUGAUUCCACCCUAAAAAUGCUCUUUUUCUGACCUUUUUAUAUAAUCAAUUCCAUAGCUGUAUAACUGAAAGUACUUUAAAAGGGGCAUGGCAUCCUAUCUAAAAUUAUUCAUUACAUUAACACUUACCUAAAUGGGAAGCCGUUUGUAGCAAAAUUCAAUCAAGUCAAAAAUUUAUUCAAUCCAGUCAUAUUAGCCUAAUGCCAUUUAAUUUAUCUUUGAAAUUUUUUUUAAAGAAAAAAAUAAGCAUUCAAUUUAAUGCUAUGUUUAUCAGUUCAAUUUAAUCAUGACUAAAUAUUCAUUCACUCCAAUCACUGAAAUAUUUUAUUCAAUCCAAUCACUGAAAUAUUCAUUCAUUCCAAUCACGUAAAUAUUCAUUCAUUCCAUCCAAAAACUAGUUCAAUCCUCCAGGAAUUUCUUUAAUCUUCUUGGCGCGAGCAUGGCCAACCCGAGCUGACUAGGAGAAGAGGGCCAGAACUCAUAACUGACAACUAUGGCAGAUGUUGAUGCUGUUGAUUUGGGAAGUGAUCUUCCCAAGUUUUUGGAGUCUUUUCUUCAAAAAGUAGAAGCUAUCUUGCAGGAUGUUGAAGAGCAAAACCUAGAUGCAGGGGUCCUUGCUGAAGUAGUAGACCAAACUAUUUCUUUGAUUCAAACAUUGCAAGAGCCAGGUGAAAUCCAACCAUUGGACAUAAUUGCCUUAAACUCACUUGCAGACACAUUUACAAAUGUGCCCCUUGACGUUGUUAUGGAAUCGCAUUUCUUUGUUAAAAGAAGUCAAAGACAGACCUGCACGGACUCCCAACGUGGUUUUUGUGGUUGCGUCACAUCAUCAAAUGCCUUCAAGUUACAUUUUUGCCCUCACAAGCAUGUCUCUCAGAGAUUUACCUCUUCUGUAGGAUAUGAUCAGAGGUCUUCUAAAAAUUGUUUCCAGCAGAGGCUGAUUUUCUAUUAGACUUCCAUUUGCCAUCAAUGUCUUUUUAAGAUCUUGUACUGCUGGGUGAUAUGUUUUAACGAAAGGCAAUAGUCUCUCUUUACUUUUUUGCUUUUGUUUUAGGGCCAAUAAUUAUUGUGUAAGGUCAGAGUUGACCUCUGACAACGGCCUUUCUAUAUCUUGUUUAGGAUACCCUCGUGCUUCGAGGCAUUGUUUAAACUUCGCAAGGCACUCAUCAAAUAUUGUUUUUGAAGAGUUUGUUCGGAGCAAUCUUAUUGCCCCGCCUUUAAUGAAGCCUCUUGGGUGGCACGAGGCAAAGUGUGUAUAUUGA